GUCAAACGGUUUGAGUGUUUCACUUUGUUGCUUUAAAAUGAGCAAUUUCAUCAACUUACAAAUUCUCGGGCACCCGAUUGUACUAAAAUCUGCGUGAGUGAUUUGGAGGUUGCAAACUUUUAAUUGGAUCAUUCAAGCAGUUCGUGGUAUUUGCACGUUCUCGGUUACUAUGCUUAAGGUGGUAUUUCCGCUUCUUCUAAUUUUUGAAGCAGUUUCUGCAUUUUCAAUCAGAAACGCAACCGCAUUCCAAGUGCACGUUAUCCAUUUAAAUGAUUUCCAUGCCAGGUUUGAGGAAACCAGUAGAAAAUCGGGUACAUGCAAAUCAGACUGCAUCGGUGGAUUUUCACGCAUCUACAGCGCCGUAAACCAACAGCUGAAAAAGUAUCCCGACUCAAUCGUACUAAACGCGGGCGAUAACUUCCAGGGAACCUUGUGGUACAAUCUGUACAAAUGGAACGUAACGCAACACUUCAUGAACAUGAUACCCUUCGAUGCGCAUACGCUUGGUAAUCACGAAUUUGAUAACGGAAUCGAUGGAGUGGUUCCUUUUAUCAAAGCCCUAAAUGCGCCCGUUCUCGCAGUGAAUAUUGAUGACAGCGGGGAACCCGAUUUUCAAGGCAUUUAUCGUAAGAGCAUGGUGAUCGUUCGUGAUGGGAGAAGAAUUGGAGUUAUAGGAGUUCUGUUAUCAACGACUGAUAGUAUAUCAAGCACGAGGAAGCUGAAAUUCUACGAGGAAUCCACGAGCGUUAACAACGAAGCCGAUCGGUUGGUUAAAGAAGAGAACGUUACCACUGUAAUUGUUUUAUCACAUUGCGGAUACAUAAUCGAAAAAGAAAUCGCCAGAAAAGCUGCACCCGGAAUCAGUCUCAUAGUCGGGGCUCAUUCUCACAGUUUUCUGUACACAGGUAAUAAUACUCCAAACGGGAAACAACCCGCAGGUCCAUAUCCCACCGUUGUCAAAGCAAAAGAUGGACACGAUGUGCUCGUCGUUCAAGCCGCGGCCUACACAGAAUUCCUGGGGGAUAUCACAAUAGAUUACGAUGGCGAGGGUAACGUCGUUUCCUGGUCAGGUCAACCGAUCUACACGGACUCCAGUAUUCCCCAAGAUACCGAAAUAAAUGAAGAAAUCGCAUUGUGGAAGAGGGGAAUGGAUGAACUGGCGAAUGAAGUUGUCGGGUAUUCCAAUGUAGUCCUCGAUAACAGAAAGUGCAGGCGUCAGGAGUGCAAUAUUGGCAGCUUUAUUGCCGAUGCUAUGGUCAACGCUAACUUAGAGACCAAUGAGGAAGGAGUAUGGGCUUAUGCAAACAUCGCAUUCAUGAACGCUGGUGGUAUACGUACAUCAAUUCCGGUCGGAGAAAUCACAUUCGGCGACUUAAUGCAGGUGACUCCAUUUGAAAGUACUGUAGACGUUGGGGAAGUGAAAGGGAAGCAUAUCAAGGAGAUUUUGGAACAAUCGGCGAAACCGUUUAACAACCAAAGAAUUAUGAGCAGUUUGGAUAUUAUACAAACUUCUGGAAUUCACGUGCGAUAUAAUAUGAGCCGCUCAUUCGGAUCAAAAGUGGAAUCGGUUAAAGUGCUUUGCCGUAAAUGCCCCGUGCCAAAGUAUGAGCCCUUACAACUGGAACAAACCUACAGGAUAAUCGUUCCCUCGUUUUUGGCCAAUGGCGGAGACGGAUACAAGGUCAUAAAGGACAAUCUUGUGAAUCGUCGAGUCGGAGACAUGGACUACGAGGUGGUGAAGAGGUAUCUCAAGAAAAUGAGCCCUGUCAUUCAAUCCAUAGAUGGGAGAAUUGAAAUAGUUUGAUUAUUUGUAUGAUUCGGAAAAUGUACACCAAGCGUUUUGGUUUGCCAGAGGGUUUACGGUAAUAAACAACAAGUGUCGAAUGAUUCUAUUCGCUGUAACAGGCUUUUGCCAUAAAAAUAAAUAAAUAAAUCUCAUAUUCAUUA